CCAAAAUAAAAGAAAAUUACAAGAGGAGAAAAUGGGAACAGCCCCACGAAAAGGGCAAAAACCGAAACCCCUGUUCGUGAUUUGAACAGAGCGCAGUCGUCAUCAGCAUCUCUGAAACGAAGAAAUUUCACAUCUUUGUUAACCAAAUUCAACCCCUUCCCUCCUUUAUCCAUCCCCACAAUCUAGCAUCAGCACCUGCUAAUAAGUGAAAAACCCUUUGCUCAUCAAGUAUGGCGGCGGCGGCGGCGGCUACAUGGCAACCUCAAGAAGGAGGGUUCAAGGAGAUCUGUGGGUUACUAGAACAACAAAUAUCUCCUUCUUCCGAUAAAUCACAGAUAUGGCAGCAGCUCCAACACUACUCCCAGUUUCCCGAUUUCAAUAAUUACCUCGCCUUCAUCCUAGCACGCGCUGAGGGUAAACCAGUGGAGGUCAGACAGGCAGCUGGAUUGCUUCUGAAAAAUAAUCUUAAAACUGCAUUCAAGUCCAUGCCUCCAAUAAAUCAGGAAUACAUAAAAGCUGAGCUGUUACCAUGUUUAGGAGCAUCAGAUAGACAGAUCAGAUCUACAUCUGGAACCAUCAUUAGUGUUCUUGUUCAACUUGGAGGUGUUUUAGGAUGGCCUGAGUUGCUGCAUACCCUUGUCAAGUGCUUGGAUAGUAGUGACUUAACCCAUAUGGAAGGUGCCAUGGAUGCUUUAUCUAAGAUCUGUGAAGAUAUUCCUCAAGUGCUGGAUGCAGAAAAUCCUGGAUCAUCUGAAAGGCCCAUUGAUGUAUUCCUCCCAAGAUUACUCCAGUUGUUUCAAUCUCCACAUGCCACACUUAGAAAGCUUGCGUUGGGUUCUGUAAAUCAAUACAUUAUGUUGAUGCCACCGGUUUUGUACAUGUCUAUGGACAGUUACCUCCAAGGUUUGUUUGUUCUUGCAAAUGAUCCAUCAUCAGAAGUACGGAAAUUGGUUUGUUCGGCUUUUGUUCAGCUAAUUGAAGUUCGUCCUUCUUUCCUUGAGCCACAUUUGCGUAAUGUUAUUGAAUACAUGCUACAAGUGAACAAUGAUCCUGAUGAGGAAGUGUCACUUGAAGCCUGCGAAUUUUGGUCUGCAUACUGUGAAGCUCCAUUGCCACCUGAGAAUUUAAGAGCAUUCUUGCCACGUCUGAUUCCAGUUUUAUUGACAAACAUGGCUUAUGCUGAGGAUGAUGAGUCACUACUUGAUGCAGAGGACGAUGGCUCUCUUCCAGAUCGUGACCAGGAUUUGAAGCCACGUUUUCAUUCAUCACGUUUUCAUGGAUCCGAUGAUGCUGAAGAUGAUGAUGAUGACAUAGUGAAUGUAUGGAACCUCCGAAAGUGCAGUGCUGCUGCCUUGGAUAUAAUCUCUAAUGUGUUUGGAGAUGAGAUUCUUCCAACUUUAAUGCCUUUUGUCCAGGCUAAGUUAUCCAAGUUAGAUGAUGAAAGCUGGAAAGAGAGGGAGGCUGCAGUUUUAGCUCUUGGUGCUAUAGCAGAAGGUUGCAUUAAUGGUCUUUAUCCUCAUCUCUCAGAGAUUGUAGCCUUCCUCAUCCCCCUUUUGGAUGAUAAGUUUCCUUUGAUAAGAAGCAUUUCUUGUUGGACACUUUCGCGUUUUAGCAAGUUUAUUGUUCAGGGCAUUGGUCAUCCAGAGGGACAUGAACAGUUUGAAAAAGUUCUGACAGGUCUUCUAAGAAGAAUCUUGGAUAAUAACAAACGUGUGCAGGAGGCUGCUUGCUCAGCUUUUGCAACUCUUGAAGAGGAAGCUGCUGAUGAAUUGGGACCACGCCUGGAGAUCAUACUGCAGCACCUAAUGUGCGCCUUUGGGAAAUAUCAGAGGAGGAAUCUCAGAAUUGUUUAUGAUGCCAUUGGUACUUUAGCAGAUGCAGUUGGAGGGGAAUUGAAUCAGCCUAAAUACCUUGAAAUUUUGAUGCCACCAUUGAUUGCAAAAUGGCAGCAACUUUCAAAUUCAGACAAAGAUCUUUUCCCACUUUUGGAGUGCUUUACAUCCAUAGCACAGGCAUUGGGUAGUGGAUUUGCACAGUUUUCACAACCUGUUUUCCAGAGAUGCCUAGACAUUAUCCAUACUCAACAGCUUGCCAAGGUUGAUCCUGCUACAGCUGGAGUCCAAUUUGACAAAGAAUUUGUAGUUUGUUCAUUGGAUCUUCUCUCUGGACUCACCGAAGGUCUUGGUAGUGGAAUCGAGAGUCUGGUUUCACAAAGUAACUUAAGGGAUCUCCUUCUGCAAUGUUGCUUGGAUGAUUCUUCUGAUAUCCGUCAAAGUGCAUUUGCCUUGCUCGGAGAUCUUGCAAGGGUUUGUCCAAUUCAUUUGCGCCCUCGCCUGGCUGAGUUUCUUGAGGUUUCUGCUAAGCAACUGAAUACACCCAAGCUGAAGGAAACCAUUUCUGUGGCAAACAAUGCAUGCUGGGCUAUUGGGGAGCUUGCAAUUAAGGUUAAUCAAGAAAUUUCUCCAGUGGUGAUGACAGUAAUAUCAUGCUUAGUCCCAAUCCUUCAACACGCAGAGGGGCUUAAUAAGUCACUGAUUGAAAAUAGUGCAAUCACUCUGGGUAGACUUGCAUCGGUUUGUCCUGAGCUUGUAUCACCUCACAUGGAGCAUUUCAUGCAAGCAUGGUGUAUUGCUUUAGCCAUGAUUCGGGAUGAUAUUGAAAAGGAGGAUGCUUUUCGAGGUCUCUGUGCAAUGGUCAAAGUGAACCCAUCAGGGGCUUUAAGUUCACUUGUUUUCUUGUGUAGAGCCAUUGCUAGUUGGCAUGAAAUUAGAAGCGAGGAGCUACACAAUGAUGUUUCACAGGUACUCCUUGGUUAUAAACAGAUGCUGAAGAAUGGAGCAUGGGAGCAGUGUAUGUCGGCUUUGGAGCCACCUGUAAAAGAGAGGCUCUCAAAGUAUAAAGUAUAGUUGGUUGGUUGGGUUCAUUUGAUUUUUCAUGCAUUCUUUUAGAAUUCAGAUCGUGUUGUGCAUUAUCUCUCUCUAUCUUUGACCUGAGGACAAAAAAGUCAAGAUUUGCUUUUCCCCGAUGCAGUACAAGAUUUGGUGUACAGGGGCUUGCAAUUGCGUCGCAUUUGGGAUUAUUUCUUUUUUUUUUUUUUUUUUUUCUAUUUUAUAUAUU